UGAUUUUAAUGAUUAUCCUUUUUGUCUGCCUGGGCAGUGUCUCCAGCACAAGGCGAGUGGGUGUGAUUCUUCCUCCCCCUCCCCUCUCCGGUUGGUUGACUGAGGUUGUCAGGCUCCCAAGCUGUAGCCUGCGUUCGGGAAGGGCUGCUACUCGGAAAACUAACGCUAGCUGGCUAGCUAGUUAGUGAGCUAGCACUGUGGUGUUCGUUGAUGCGUGGAUCGGAGGUAUACGCCGUCUUGUUUUCCAGUCAAUGCCAAAACGCAAAAACAAACGCAGAUUGAAUCAGAUCAACAAGUGCCCCUGUAGCUGGAGUAAGGUAAUUGAAAAGGAAGAAUAAAAUGAGUGAACUGGACCAGUUACGCCAAGAGGCAGAGCAGCUCAAAAGUCAGAUCAGAGAUGCCAGGAAAGCAUGCGCAGAUGCCACACUUUCACAGAUCACAGCCAAUAUUGACCCCGUUGGUCGAAUCCAGAUGCGCACAAGACGAACGCUGCGAGGUCAUUUGGCUAAAAUCUAUGCCAUGCAUUGGGGAACAGAUUCCAGGCUCUUGGUCAGUGCCUCUCAAGAUGGCAAACUCAUUAUUUGGGACAGCUAUACCACAAAUAAGGUUCAUGCCAUUCCACUUCGAUCUUCCUGGGUCAUGACUUGCGCAUAUGCACCUUCAGGAAAUUAUGUUGCCUGUGGUGGCUUAGACAACAUCUGCUCCAUUUACAACCUGAAAACGCGUGAGGGGAAUGUACGUGUGAGCCGUGAGCUUGCUGGACAUACAGGAUACCUGUCCUGUUGUCGCUUUCUUGAUGACAACCAGAUUGUUACAAGCUCUGGAGAUACCACUUGUGCACUUUGGGAUAUUGAGACUGGCCAGCAGACAACCACAUUUGCUGGACAUACAGGUGAUGUCAUGAGCCUGUCAUUGGCCCCCGACUCGAGGUUAUUUGUCUCUGGUGCUUGUGAUGCCUCUGCUAAACUCUGGGAUGUUCGAGAGGGCAUGUGCAGACAGACAUUUACUGGCCAUGAGUCUGACAUCAAUGCUAUUUGUUUCUUCCCUAAUGGCAAUGCCUUUGCCACGGGCUCUGAUGAUGCUACCUGCAGGCUGUUCGAUCUGCGUGCUGAUCAGGAAUUAAUGAUCUACUCUCAUGACAAUAUCAUAUGUGGCAUCACCUCUGUUGCAUUCUCAAAGAGUGGCCGUCUUCUUCUGGCGGGCUAUGAUGACUUCAACUGUAACGUGUGGGACACACUAAAAGCUGACCGUGCUGGUGUGCUGGCUGGACAUGACAACCGUGUUAGCUGCCUGGGAGUUACUGAUGAUGGCAUGGCAGUUGCAACAGGAUCCUGGGACAGUUUUCUGAAGAUUUGGAAUUGAAGCCUGAAGAUGUUAUUUUAACUCCAAAGUUGACUGGAAGACCAUUACAUCUUCAGAAUGUUCACAGCAUCUUCUUCAACACUGUUGAAACUGACUUGGACACCACAAAAACGAAGGGAAACCAAUGCCUUUCCUACACAAAGAAGAGCACAAUUGUUUAUCACCUAGUUAAGAAAGGAUCUCCUGUGGUAUCUAAUCAGAAACUUGUGCAUUCCUUCUUGGACCAUUUUAUGUUACCUUGAAAGAGAAAACAACACUAUCAUCCCAUGCAAAUGUGUGCGUCUUGAAAGCAAAUGUUGGAGUGUAAUUGUACAAAUUAUUUAACUUUUUUUUUUUUUUUUUUUUUUUUUUUUAAUUUAGAAUUUAUUCUGAUGGUUUGUUAUUCUUGAUGGCUUUCUUUUUGUCAUAUUUCUUUUGUGGUUUUUAGAUAUGUUUGAAUUACAUCUGGUCUUUCUAAUCUAGUUAAUCGUAUAAGACAGAUGAGAGAAAACGCAGAAGUAAAAGCUUGGAUCAUAUUACACGAGCAGCUUUCAAAAUGUCCAUAAUGUAUUUAUAUACUAGCUGUUUUUGUUUCAUCACAGCCUUUUGCACAUGAAGAAGCUUUGCCUCAACUAAUACUAUGUUAACUAACCAAGCACAUGCUAUAAGUUAUGAAUGCUCAUUCCAGUACAAAAGGAGUUAUUAUGAGUAACUUAUCCAGUUAACCCCCUUAAUACUUGUAAAUGCCUGUGACUUUGGGUGGGAAAGGGUGGGGGCUGAGAUAAUUGGGGUGUGGCAGGAUUUUAAGAUAUGGAUUGGGGGGGGAGGUUAUGUUUAGUAUCCAAUUUGAGUGAAACACCUCACCUGAAUAAAUAGACACUUGCUUUGCUUGGGACUGCAGAUGCAACUCUGUGAAUGAAAUGUACAAAUCAGUGUCUGAAAAUAAUGGUCUGUUUUAAGUUAAGGCGUUUAAUUUUGUCUGCCAUGAAAUUUAGAUGUGCAUGCUGUAGACUUGCUUUCAGUGGUGCAAAAUUCCUACAUUUUCUUUGGUUUCUGAAAAGGAGAGGAACCUAGUGAUUGGACGGACGCCAGUCUUAUUUUGGCUCAAACUUUGCAUACAUCAUACUGUUACUGGUAACGCUAUGCACCAGAGUGAGCAAGAACGGAGAAAGACCGAAUAUUGACUUCAUACUUGGUGUAAUUUAUGCUUACCGGUUUUAUUGAUGCCAAUUUUUGUAAUUAAACUAACAAGAAUUCUA